CACAAUAAUUUAUCACUUAUUUCCUCCAGAUAUUUUCCAUUUGAUGAUCCUCUGUGAGCUCCAUUUUGCACUACUAAAUUUGAACAGUUCAGUGAAAACUAUUCUUAGUGAGAAAAUUCUCAGUUCAGUGAGAGUUCAAGAUCUGGAAAAAAAGCAUAUUGCUGAUUUUCUUUUCCCUGAUAUUUUAGGAAUUGUUGGUGUUGUCUUUUCUGAAACAUCAGUAAAAGAUUACAGAUUCACCACCUGCCUAAGCAGCUUCCAAGACAGCUAAAGUGCUAAUAACUUAAUUCCUGACCCCAACUGACUUCCCUCCUUUAGCUAGUUAAUGAUGUUUUCCUUUCUGGCAAGAAGAAUGUAGACCCUGAAAUCAAUCCUCAUCCUUCCCUGGCUGUAAUAUUUGACACCUUUUGACCAAUCCUCCUUCAGGAUAUUCUUUUCAUGGUAAUCUUCCGACACUGCUCAGAGAUUCUCUUUCCACAAAGAUUGAUCUUUCUUAAUUUCCUUUAUAGGUGUGAUGGGAUAUGGGGUGAGGUGCGCAGAAAUAUAUUAAAGUUCCAGGAUUCUCUCAGUAUGACCCAUCAAAUGUUGGAGAGUAGGGGUUGGGCCUCCAAAUAUGUUGGGAUUUCAGGCCAGUGUCAUGAGAUGUCUCAAAAGAAUUUGUAAACUGAGACCAUGGCCAAAUCAAGAGGCAAAGAUUUUAUUAUUCUGGCAGCAGGCUAAUUUCCAAAAGGGAGUUUAAACCACUAACAAGGUGAGAGGCACCAUAGUAAGGCAGGCUAAGUUCCUAAUGAACUAGCCAUUGUGAAAUUUAGUAAGCAGGGCUAAUCCUAAAAGGAAUUAUUAUCCUAAAAUAAAGGAAGAAGUAGGGUACCAGUAGGUUCUUUUAUAUGAGGAAAAAUAACCUGAGGGGUUGACAUCAUAACUUGGCCUUCUGAUUAGAUAGGGUAACUAUGAAGUCAUAAUAAUUUUGUCAAAGCAAGGCAUUCCACAAAAGCUCAUUAAAUCAAAGGAACAAAGGGCACACUUAAUGACAAGAUAAUCAGUGCCCCUCCCUGCUUGCCUCAGGAAGUAGCAGUGGGAAUUCGGGGAGGGCCCACUGCAACAAAAACCUACUUAAAUUUCACUUAAAUUCAACAAAAGCCUUCUGUCAGUUCCCCUUUCUAUGGCCCAUUUAGACACUGGGUUACUAGCAGGGACAAGAUUCUUAUUUAUCCCAUCAAGUAUAGCAAUCACAUUCUAGUUCCUGUUCAUGAUUACUACAAGGUUCUAUUUUGUGCCAAAGGAUUCAGAAAAUCUCCUUUUCUUUCGGUGCUUUCUCUUGAUAUUGUCAUCAGUUCCCAUAUAGAUGACUCCUAUAUUUACAUGUCCAGUAUUUCUUUCUCUUGCUUCAACUCUAAUCCUUCAUUUCCAGCUGGCUGAUGAAUAAUAUUCUUUUGGACAUCUCAUAGGCAUCUCAAAUACAAUAUUUUUGAACCCAUUAUAUAUGUGUGUAUACAUAUAUAUGUGUAUACACAUAUACACAUACAUACAUGUAUAUAAAAAUUGUUUAGUGCAAUUAGUGUUGCACUUGUAGUCAGAAAGAACUGAGUUAAAAUCCUGUUUUAUACAUUUACUUGCUGUGUUCCCUGGGCAAAUCACAGUCUGAAAUUUCUCAUUUAUAAAAUGGAGAUAUUAAUAGCACCUAUCUCUGAGGGCUGUUGCAAAUAUUAAUGAUAUAACAUAUUUAAAGUACUUUGUAAAACCCUAAAUCUCCACAUAAAGGCUAACUCUUAUAACUGCUAUAAUUAAGAAGAUUGGUGGCUCCCCAUUACCUCUGGGACAAAAUACAGUUUUGAAAUUUAAAAUUCCCUGCUACAUGGCUCUGUUUGUCUCUUUCUCUUUCUGUUUCCUGUCUCUCUGUCCAUCCCUCUUUUUUCCUUCUUAAUCUACCCAAAUGUGGUUCCUUGUCACCCCAGUCACUUGCUUUGUUUAAGACUUUGUUGUGACUUCAGUUUAUCCUUUUCUCAAGCACCUGUAUUCAUGUAUUUCCCAUCAUUACAGGCCCUCUCUGUAGUACACAAACAUGCAUAGAAUUUCACUUCUUAACACUUAUUUCUCUGUGUGUGAAGGGAAAAGUAAGGCUUGCUUGAUUUCAAUUACAGAUUGACUCUAGUAUUAUUAUGAUUCAUGAAAUCAUUGUGAGAAUCAAAUGAGAUAAUCAUUUAAAAGCACUUAUAAAAGUAUAAAUGCUGUUCAAAUAAAACUAGUGUUUGUCAGUUGGAAGUACUUUAGUCUUAUAUAACAAGCCUUAGAAUCUAAAAGAUCUUUGGCCCCUUUUCCAUAAUCUCUUGAGUUUUGUAGGAGUCAACAAUAAUUAGUAAACAAAUCUAAGUUAAUUAUUUACCAGUUCUCAUAGGGUUCUCAUUCUGAAGCUUAUCUCCCCAUUCUUUUUCUUUUCUUUUCUUUUUUUUUUGGUUAUUUUUGUUAUCUAUAUGUUAGGAGGGAGUGCUUUUGGCUGUGAGAUAUAGGUUUACAAAAUAAACUUAUCGAUUAGUAUCUAGAUCAUAAUAGGAGCUUGAUACAUGUUUGUUAAGUUGAGAGGAAUGGGAGAAAUCCUAUUUUCCUUAUUGUCCUUGUCUAUGUGCCUAGAGGCUUUGGCUGUCAGAGGAUGGAUGCUCUCUCCAGAUCUCUUUCCCCAGACCACUUGGGUGAAAGAAGGGAAGAACAGAGGACUCUUGAACAAAAUCUGACCUUAAUUACCAAUGAACCAAUGGUGAUAUUUUCAUUUUCUUAUGUGGAAUAAACAAGUAAUCACUUACAGGGAGAGAAGUCUCGAGUUUGACAAGAGUAUUAGCAGUAAUCCUCUAAACAUAUUUCAGGUUGAAUUAGUAUUCUACUCCUUCAGUCUUCUUACCAGCUGACCUCAAGACUCUGAGCCCAUGAUGUAAAGAUUAGGCAACAGCAUAAAGGUAUUUCAGGGGGAUGAAGCAGGACCCAAAUAGUCCUUUCUCAUUCUGGAGAAAGGAGGCAAUCAGAUGACUUCUAGGAACAUCAUUCAACACUGCUAAGGUACUUGAAAGGAAACCAAUCCACCUUCAGGAACUUGAAAAUGAGUGACAACACCACAUUGGCCCCCCCAACCACAGAGCAGGCUCCCGCCACUCCCCGCAAAGGACCCCCUAAAUUCAAGCAGAGACAAACUCGACAAUUCAAGAGCAAGCCUCCUAAGAAAGGUGUAAAAGGAUUUGGAGAUGACAUCCCAGGCAUGGAGGGCCUUGGAACAGAUAUCACAGUCAUUUGUCCCUGGGAAGCCUUCAGCCACCUGGAAUUACAUGAGCUGGCCCAGUUUGGAAUCAUCUAAAUCAAGAAAGUAGCUUUCACUGUCCCCAACAAUUCCAGUACCUCGGAUGUUUAUGUGUGACCAUACCAAUAUGUGAUGUGUCCAGAGGCUUAGCUAUUUUAGAGCAUUAUCUUCUUAGACUCUCCCAAAGAACAGGCACUUCAAAUAUCAGUUACAUGUAAGGAUUAAGGAAGUGAACAUUCCCUUUGGUGUCAAACUUUCUGUUUUCAAAAUAGCUUGACUCUUAAAGUAGUAAGCCUUCCUCUUGAGAGACUUUGAUUUACUUCAAAUGAACAGAUAAAGUUGUAUAAAAUGUGGCACACAAACACUUGACCCAAAUCAGAGGAAAAGCAUCCAAGGCAAAGAUAUAGAGCAGUUACAGAACAGAAUUAUGCACCCAAAACCAAUAA